UGGUUCCAAAUAGACACACCCCCACAAAUUUGUUUUCUUUUCUCUCUGGUUUCUCUGAGUCUUGUCUUUUUCAGAUUUGGGGUCUUCUUGUUUCUUUCUUCCGACUCUUCUUUGAUUAUUUUUUCUGGGUUUCUGAGUAUUCUAGAGAGAAGGGGGUUGGGGGUUGUGGGGGAGAUGGGGAAUUCAUUUGGGUGUUCAGCAUCUGGAGAGAGAUUAGUGAGUGCAGCUAGAGAUGGAGAUUUGGUCGAAGCUAGAAUGUUAUUAGAAUUCAAUCCUGGGUUAGCUAAAUAUUCUACUUUUGGUGGUUUGAAUUCUCCACUUCAUUUUGCAGCUGCUAGAGGUCAUAAUGAAAUUAUAGCAUUGUUGCUUGAGAAAGGAGCAGAUGUGAAUUCCAGGAACUACUGUGGACAGACGGCAUUGAUGCAUGCCUGCAGGUAUGGGCAUUGGGAAGUUGUGCAGACACUCCUGCUGUACAGUAGCAAUGUUAUACGAGCUGACUACCUCAGUGGUCGGACAGCUCUCCAUUUCGCAGCUGUAAAUGGACAUGUUAGAUGUAUAAGACUAGUUGUAGCGGAUUUUGUCCCAAGUGCUCCACAUGAAGUCAUCAGUUCUCAGACCAGUGGAGAAGGAGGACCUGCGACUAAUUCAAGCAACAAAUUUGACCAACCUGCACUCUCCAAGUUUGUUAACAAGGCGGCAGAUGGUGGUAUAACUGCUCUCCAUAUGGCUGCUCUUAAUGGGUAUUUUGAUUGUGUCCAGCUACUACUGGAUAUUCAUGCAAAUGUCUCCGCUGUGACGUUUCACUAUGGAACCUCGAUGGAUCUGAUAGGAGCUGGAAGUACUCCUUUGCAUUAUGCUGCAUGUGGAGGCAAUCUGAAGUGUUGUCAGAUCCUUCUUGGAAGAGGUGCUAGUAGAUUUACAUUGAACUGCAACGGGUGGCUACCUCUAGAUGUUGCGAGGAUAUGGGGACGCCAUUGGCUUGAGCCCUUGCUGACACCUAGUUCUGACUUAGAACUACCGACAUUUCCGCCAUCAGUUUACCUCUCGUUGCCUCUCAUGAGUGCACUGAAUAUAGCAAGGGAAUGUGGGUUGCAAUCUUCUAGUGCCUCAGCUGAUGAUAGUGAUGUAUGUGCUGUUUGCCUGGAGAAGGCAUGCACUGUAGCCGCUGAAGGUUGUGGGCAUGAGCUUUGUGUAAGGUGUGCGCUCUAUCUUUGCUCAGCAAGCAACAUUCCCUCCGACAUGGUUGGGCCGCCAGGUUCCAUUCCAUGCCCUCUUUGUCGGAAUGGCAUAAUCUCUUUUGUUAAGUUGUCUAAUUCUCCAGCAAAGGAGGAGCUCAAACAACAUCUAUCUCUAGGACUCUGCACCCCAUGCAUGCUUCAUCAUGACCCAGAACCCUCACCUACCUCACUUAGACCCGAAAUUCGCAAGAACCGUGUUGCUUCAGUUUCUUCCGAUUUUUCAUGUCCUGUGUCUUGCAGUCCAUUCCCUUCAGUUCCUAUUCCCAUGUGUACAUGUAACGAAGAUUCCUGCCCGUCUUUUGAACCCUCGGGCAGAGAAAACGAAGACGAGUCGCCACGUCGAUCACAAGGAACGAUUGGAGGAGAAGAAGAUAAAACAGAAGGAGCAAGGUUUGACAAGACAACAUGCUCAAGUAUAUUUUGGACUAGAAGAAGUUGCCACAGAGAACAUCAAUGCAAUUCCGAAAUCAACGCUUAACUUCAUUGUGUAUAUAAAAUCCUCUCUGUAGAAGGUAUAGGUUUCCAUUACUUAUGGAUGUGCAGAAUGUACUAGGUAUUUUUUUGUUGUCCUCGGGCUAGAAUCGGCGAAAUUUGUUUGUUUCCCACUAUGCCUAUGUCUGUUUUUGGGUUUACAGAUGUUCUUAAAUGUAUUGGUUAGCUUUAUCAUUUAGAAAAUGUUCAUCAGAUGUAAGCAUUCAAGUAGAUAAAAUUACUUCCAUGGCUAUUUAAGAGAUUUUAGUUUUUGGUUGUUGUAA